AUGAAGAAAGACUAUCGUAUCUCCCGCAACGUGCGCCUCGCCUGGGUCCUCAGCCGACUCCAUCAGGUCAUCUGGGCAGUGCCGGAGCCGGAGCUGGUAAAGUCAGAAAAUGAACUUGAUGUUCUCAGCAUCCUGCCCAACGGGUGGCAGCCAGACGAGCCCGUCCAGCCCAGGCCCUAUCUCCUUGUGCCCUCUACGCGGGUCACCUUCCUGGCCCGCCAGUACCGAUUUGUGAUUGAACUUGAUCUGAGCCCUUCCACGGGGAUUGUGGAUGACUCAACAGGGGAGAUAAUUUUUGAUGAAGUGUUUCACGCCCUUUCCCGAUGCUUGGUGGGAUUGUUAAGACCCUUUCGUAUCCCUGGUUCAGACAUUAUCUACCAGCCAGAGAUCUUUGUCACCAUCCAGGCGUAUUCCUCCAUCAUUGGCCUGCAGUCCCAUCAGGUGCUAUUCCAGGGCUGUCAGCUGGAUGAGACGAAGCGAGAGGCCUUUCUGCACCAAGUUUACACACAGCUAUGUGCCUUUGAGAACAAAGUGGCAGAGAUGCUCCAGCAACAGUAUGAACCCAAACCGCAGGUGGAUUUAUCGCCCCUGAGCCAAGAGAGCCCUGGUGACGUGCAGGAGCCAUCUGGGAGGAAGCCCAGCGUGUCUGUUGUCACUGCCGAUGUUGGUCUCGUCAGCAUGGUCCGGCAGGGGAUUCUAGCACUGCAGCUGCUGCCUUCCAACUCCAGCGCAGGUAUAAUAAUAAUUACGGAUGGUGUGACUAGCGUCCCUGAUGUGGCUGUGUGCGAGACUUUACUCAACCAGCUCCGCAGCGGCACAGUGGCCUGCUCCUUUGUACAGGUGGGCGGUGUCUACUCGUACGAUUGCAGCUUUGGCCACGUUCCCAAUGUGGAAUUGAUGAAAUUCAUCGCCAUGGCCACUUUUGGUGCUUACCUCUCCACAUGCCCUGAGCUGGAUCCCCUGAGCCUGGAUCUGAAUGUGUAUCACAAAGCAUUUCUGCUAUACUCCUUUCUGCGUACUGGGGAGUCCCUGAAUCCAGAAUACUACUGCGUGUCCCAGCACAGACUGUUCAAUGAGCACCUGGUGUCUGCAAGCAGCAACCCUGCUCUGGCGAUGAGGAGGAAGAAGCACACUGAGAAGGAGGUGCAUGCUGACCUCGUGAGCGUUGUCUCAGUCCGGCUGCGCGAGGGCUACAGCAUCCGUGAGGUCAACAUCACGAAAGGUGGGUCUCAGCUGGAGGUGAAACUAGUGCUGCUUUGGAAGCAUAACAUGAGGAUAGAGUACUUAGCUGUGACACCCUGGCCCCUGGACCCAUCAAAGCGCAGCACAUGGGUAGAGGUGACGAUGGAAGGAAGCUAUGACAUCUUGCAUGACAUCAGUUGCACCAUGAGGAAGCCUAUCACCAGUCUGUACCGCACUACAGUCAUCCGGCGCUUCUGGAACACCUUGCAGAGCAUCAAUCAGACAGAUCAGAUGUUGGUUCAUCUGCAGUCUUUUGACACAGUCCCAGAACACUUCACCAUUCCUGAGAGCACCAAGAACGGGGUGCCCCUCUUCUACAUCCCCCCAGGCUCCACCACUCCGGUGCUAUCCCUGCAGCACAGUGGGUCUGACUCAAGCCAUUCCCAGUUUGCCUCCUACUGGAAGCCUAUUCUUUCCAUGGAUGCCAACUUCUGGCAGAGGUGGCUGCACAUGCAUCGUAUAGUCCUCCUUCUGGAGCAUGACACGCCUGUGCCCAAGCACCUGCACACACCGGGCAACAAUGGCCGUUACAGCACCAUCCAGUGCCGUAUCUCUCACUCAGCGCUCACCUCCCUGCUGCGGGACUGGAGCAGCUUUGUGCUGGUGGAGGGCUACUCCUACGUUAAACUGAUACACAGCUCUGAGGAUCCCACACCUUCCUCAUUUUAUGUGGUGCGGAUCAUCUCCAAAGCUCCCUGCAUGGUUCUCCGGCUGGGCUUCCCCAUUGGCACACCUGCACAGGCCAGGAACAAGAUAGUGGAGGAGUUACGGGACCGAAUCUUGCAGCUGCGCUUUCCCCACAGGGUCCAGAGCAAGGAAGCAACUCCAAAAGCAAAGAGGAAAACAUUUGGCAGUAGUUCUCCCUCCAAGUCGCCACCUGUGACUGGGGCCCAGUCAGCCCUCUCAGACAGACCCUGCCUCGUUGUGCUGCACAAACCAUUGGAGAAGCUACUCAUCAGGUAUGAGAAGCUGCCUUCUGACUAUCGAGCCCCCUUCAUUCUCAACCUGGAGCAUCCCCCGGUGUCUGGCCCGCUCACUAUGGUGGCCAAUCGUACUGCCUCUUCUACCCUGGCCUCGCUGUCCCGCUACUUCUAUCACCAGCGUUGGAUCUGGAGUGUCCAGUCGGGGCUGGCACCGGCUGUGCCCAUUACUGCUGUAGCCCAGCUCCUUUCCACACUCACAGAGGUUCGUCUGUCAGAGGGUUUCCACUUUGCAUCCAGUGGGGAUGGAAUUAUCAAUAUGGUGCUGGAGCUGCCCAUACAGAUUGAUGGCUCAAGUGAGAGCAGCAGCGGCAGGGAGAAGCACACCUGUGUCGUCCAAUACAUCCUCUUCCCACCCCACUCCACCUCCACCAAGGACAGCUUUUCCACAGACGAUGACAAUGAUACAGAGGUAGAGGCCAUCGAGGUGGACACAGAACUGAACCUGGUCACUGAGUGCUGGGUAGAGCCACAGAGCGGCCAUGUCCACAGUACUGCUGAGAAUUGGAAGCACCUCCAUGGCUUGCCCUACCAGAAAAUACCUAAAGCGCUCUAUCCCCGGGACCUUGCGUGCAUUGCCACCAUGCUGACCUUCGAGUACAUCAGCCAGUUGUGCCAGAACAAGGAGUGGGUCUGCCCUCCUUCAGACACCAAAGCUACUGAAGAUCCAGACAUGGGGGCUGGUUUUCGAGUGCAUGAGAUCCCAUUCCAGUUCAACCUCAUGAAGCUGUUGCCCAGGUGCCAGCAGGUUGAAAUGUUCUUCCUAAUGCUGACAAAAGAGAAUGAGGAGGUGACCAAGGACUCUUCGUUUGUGCCCAAUGAAAUGCUACUAAACCUCUUCCAUGGCUGCCUGCAGCAUGACCUCAGUGACCGGGAGAUCCCCAUGGCUGAUGCUGAUCAUGUGGCUUUCAUGGAGCAGGUUCUGCAACGGGAUCGUGAUGGCCAUCAACCCCCCUUCACACUCCCUGUGAUCAGAGAAGAAACCCUGAAAGCCUCUGGGACCCUGGAGCAGCAGGAUGCUUCUGCAUCCUAUCAUCUUGUUGGCAGCAAUGGCACCAGGGAUAUGACUGGCUCCACAAGUACUCUGCAGAGCCUCGGCAACACAGAGCUGCCUGAGGAUGACGUGACCCUGAGUGACAUGACGAGGCCCUUUCCCCCACAAUGGCGAUGUUAUGCCAAGCUGGUCAACCCGCAGCAUGUGUUCCUGACCUUCCUGCCAGCCACCUUCUCAGAUGUACAGAAGCUGAUGGCUUGCGGGUUGGACAAACCUCCAAAAGAUGAGAGUCGAUCGGGAGAAGAUACCCUGAGACCUGUCUGUGCUGAGCAAGUCAGGGCUGAGGCUGAAGAAGGGGAUGCUGCAGUGCCAUUACCUACCCUCAGCAUAACACCAGCCCAUGAAGUGAGCCGUGACCCUGGAGAACAGGGUGGCCCCUCGCGGAGAGAUGUACAUAUCUCCUUCUGUCGCCAGAACUCGCAAUCUGAGUUAGGCGAGUGCCGUCGUUUUCGCUGCCCCAUUUACAUCUACAGCUGCUCUUUGGAGCUGUUACGAGAGCAGCUUGUCAGCCCACGGGCACACCGUCCUCCCCGAGACAUCUUUUUCAGAUCCCAGUCUCUGGAACGUCCUCCUACUGCUGCUUGGCUAGACCACAAGCAUAAGGAGUUGAUGAGUUACUGCACGCUGCUGCAGGAGCAUUCCCACCAGUGCUAUGUGAAAGUGUGCAGCCAUGUCCGCUCAUUCCGAGAGAGCCACCAACAUUUCCGUAUGCACUCCAAGACAGCCAGCUUCCAAGUGGGCAGCAUAGAGCAAGAAGAGGAGCAGAGCUCUAGGGAACGGGGUGUCUUGGUCUCUGAAUCAAGUGCGGAAAUGGAGGACUACAGUGAGCAGGACUCCCAUAACAUUGCUAGCCCCACAGAGGAGCCAAAGAGUGUGGGCACCAGCUGCUGUUCAGAGUUUCCCCUCUCGCUGCUGGAAAUUGGACAGCCCUGCCAGGCGCACCCUGACUUGCAUAAAAUUAUCCAGGAAAAAUUCCUGGAAAUUGGAAGUUUACAUUUCAAGCCGGUGCCAUCAAAUCCUCACUAUUUCUUCUAUUGCCCACCAUCAGCCAAGAAAGAGGAAGAGGCAUCUCGGGAUCAGGCAGACAGGAAAGGCAGUGAGGACAUGGAGGGAUCAGAGGCAGAACUGGCAGCUGAAGAAGGAACUGUGUCUGGGUGCUGCAUUGCCACAGAGAGCGACCCAGAGCUAGAGGUGGAGUACCGUGAGAAGCUGGAGCAUGAGUUCCCAGAUACAGAUUCCCUCUCAGACUCCAACACGGUGAACCAGGAUGAUGACUCCUUCAGUGUGCUGGGAGGGGACUCGCUCAAUGAACAGGAAUUCCUGGAGCAGGAGAUGCCCCCGCUCUUUGUACAUCUUACCUGCUCAGUGAAGCUGCGUAGCCAGCACAGUUCCAUGCCCGUGCAGUCCCUGCCAACUUGUCUAGGGGAGGUUCUGGGCUGCCUGGAAAGCUGCCAGGACUUGAACACCAUUGACUUGGGGGACCUCUGUGUGACUCUUGACAUCUUUGUGCUGACAUUGCCCCUGGAGAUAGAAGUUGUGAACGCAGACAUUCUCCACAACAGAUGCACCUCAGAGAGUAGUGUGUCCUUCACACGCUCUCCAGGGCAGCCAUCCUCUUUCCGUUCAGACGAGGAUAUCAUGCACAACUUGGAACGGCUCCCGUCCACAGGAGAUGAGAGGCACCCUGCACUUUCCAACCUCCCUGGAGUGCACAGGCAGGCUAUUGAAGCCACUAUGAAUGAGAUUCGCUGGCUCCUGGAUGAUGAGAUUGUGUCUGCACUGCGCCACUCGCAGGUCAUCAGCACCUCCAUCCUGCACCGAGUGGCCACCCACAUCUAUAACUCCAAGGGGCGGCCCAGCUGCCACAGCGAGGUGGUGCUGCUCCAGUUUGUCUUUGGACCUGAGCACUCUCUGGAGAAGUUCAAGGAGGAGUUCAGAAGAAUGGCUCUGCCAGGCUACAUGCUCAAUGCAGAAGGCAGUGACUACCACUACAUCUCCAUCAGCCGCCUGCACUCCAGGCGGGCAGCUCCAAACCCUUCGGGGACACCCUGCUUGCAGCAGCCAGCUGGAGGGGGCACCAGGACAGCCCUGGGCCCGGCAGGCCAAGAGGGGAGCAGUGAAAUGGAGGCAGAGGGCUCCGAGCUACACCAUGCAAGCUGUGUCCUCCCAGACGAAGCCCAGGGUCUCUGGGGGUGGCAGGAGAGUGAGACACACAUUGUGCCAGACACAGGAAACCCCAUACGUGGAGGCAGCCAUGCACAGGAUGAGGUCCCAGGAGAAGCGCUGAGCCUUGAGCAGAGCAGAGCACCUGGCCAUGACUCCCUGGAGGAGGCAGCUCUAGAGACAACCAUACAGUCACUGCCAUCCUCAUCCUCUGAAAAGGGCAACAGCGAGAAAUCACCAUUGGUGACACCAUCUGCAGCAAGCCUGGCUGACUCCGUAACACAGGGCAGGGAAGGCUCCAGCAAGCAGCGUCCGAGCCGCGUGCAGAGCCUUGUGUCGAGCCAGGGCAGUAUGGACUCCGACCACCUGGGUUACGAUGGGGGAAGCAGUGACUCGGAGUAUGAGGAGGCACUAAUGAGCGACCAGGAACCCAGGUGUCCCCUCAUGCCAGAUUUCUGGCUCAUCAUAAAAAUCCAGCAGGACCGAGUGGAGGUCUAUUACCACACACGCAGCCUGAGUGUGGAGAAGGCAGCAUCAGCAGAGACAGAAGAGGAGCAGCCAGGGGAGUGCCAGAGUCUCAACCAGGUGGUGGUGAAGAAGAUCAGUGAAAUCUGCAGGGUUGUCAAUCAGCGCUUGCUGCUGCAGGACCUGCAUGACAGCCACAUAUGCAACUCAUUACUGGUGGCAGAAAGUGAGGAGGACAUCUGGAAGAGUGAAACACCCUAUACUUCGUACAGGCAGCGUGUCAUGCCCACAGAUGAUUACUCCGUAGAGGAGAGCUACCAGCCCCGGGACUACCUGGCUGCCACCAUGCAGUUCAUGCCAGGGCACUUUGCUUGUGAUGUUGUGUGGAGCACACUCAUCCAUGUGCAUUCGCGCCUCAAGAUGGGCCCCAACAUGGGAGUCUCACGAGCUAUCCAGGCACUUCGCUCGGUGCUCAACGCCUUCUCUGUGGUGAACAGGAAGAACAUGUUUGUCUACCAGGAACGUGCCACUAAAUCUGUUUUCUACCUCCGACUGACUGAAACGACCUACAGUGGGAAGGUGUGGGAAGCAGAGAGUGUCCUUAGUCCAGCAUCUCGCUCGCUGGCGCUGACACGCAGCCAGGAGCCCAUUUACACUGAGGAUCUAAUGGGUUCUCGUUCCUCUCUGGACACAGCCUCGUGCCGUAGUGUGGACUCUACCCGCCCUGUGGGACAGGUAGACAGGCACAUCCAGCUGAUGGUCCAUGGUGUUGCCCCAGCAGGGCCUGAGAUCACAGAUGAGCUGGUGAAGGUGUUACGCAGACGCCUGGAUGAGGCCACCCUGGAUAUCAUCACUGUGAUGCUGGUGCGGAACUGCAAGCUGACCCCAGCAGAUGUGGAGUUUAUCCAGCCCCCUGGGACGCCACCCACAGAGGUCCUGCAGUUUGCACUGCCACCCUCCGCCCUGCCUUGGCUGCAUGCGGUGGCCUAUUAUCUGCGCCAGAACCUGCUCAUCUUCCUGCACACCCCAAAGUACACGGACAGCAACGUGGAGCACCACUUCAAGCACUAUUUCAACCACAGCGGGAGCAUCCCUGACCAGGAUCUCUAUCUGUACAACAAGCCAGGUGGCCAAGGCACUGGUGGCAAAGGAAUCGCAUGCAUUGCACUGACGUUCGUGGAUGAGCACAGCAGCCCCACCUCGCUGCCCCACAGGGAGAGGCCUGACCCUCUGAAGCUGCCUUCCUCCUCGACCAUCAUGGGCCUGCUGCAGGACGCUGACUUCGAAAGCCUCACUGCGGUCAGCAGGCACCAGCCAGAGGCCGGCACCCUGCAUUCAGAGCCCCGUGUGCUGGUGCGCCUGGAUAUCUGGGAGAAAGGCAACAUCAGCCUGCUACAGCUGUCGGAGAAGCUGCGUGGGGCCCUGCGCCAUGCUCUCUGCGAUGCUGUCAUGGAGUUCCUCGUGCUGCCGGCCCCGCUCUGCGUGGAAGCUGCCUGCCCCCUGGGUGCCGCAGACCUGGAGGAGCUGAGCUCUGCAGGAGGCCUAAGGAGGGCCAUGUCAGAGACCAAGGGCUUGGCCCUGGCCACUGGUGGGGCUGGCAGGAGCUGUCCUCCACCCUUGCACUUCACCUCUGCCCCUUCGUCCAGCUCCGGGGAGCCAGUGACACCCACGAGCAAGCUGGGACGCCGCAGCUUCUGGGACAUGCUGAGCAAGGCCGAGUCCUCGGAGCUGGGCAGCCCCAAGACUACUGAUGACAUUGUGCUGGAGAGACCAGAAGAGGCUCGCACAAGGCGGCGGCACAAGACAGAGAGCGUCAAGCAGCAUCUGAGCCAGGAUCGGGCCACAGCCACAGCUGAACUGGAACAGGCACAGAGGCGCCGAGCCUGCCAGUUGGAAGAAGGGGAUGUAGGUACCAUGCAUCCACUCUUCAAUCAAACCUGCCAGCAGUGGAUAGCAUUCAUGAACCACCUGGGGUGCCCAUCAGUGCAACAGUGCUCAUUGGAGAUUGUGUCCCGUUUCCUCCUGUCCUCCAUCCUGGUGGAAGUGGUGAGCCUGGUCACUGCCCUGGCAAGUGACACCACUGUCAAGGUGUUUGAGCGGAUCUGCUACCAUCGGGGCACCGCCUUCCUGCCCUAUAAGCCUGGCCAGAGCGCCAGCCCUCGCCCUGCAGCCGUCAGACACUUCAUCCUGCUGGGACGCAACUUCCAGCAGUGGCGUUGCAGCACGGAACAGGCUCACAAAGGGCUCCAGCGCUUCGAGGCUAUGGAAUUCAGCUCGGCAGAGAGAGGCUCUGACCCAAGCCUUGUCAGACGAGACCUGGCACCUCGGCAAAGGUUCCUCUUCAUGGAGAUCAUUGACAAAAAGCUGACGCUCUACACCUACAACUGGUCCCCAGACCUGGGGGCCAACCUGAACUGCUCGCUUACUCGCCUGCUGCAGUGGCAGAAUGCCCGGUCCCACAUCGUGCACUGCCUGCUCAGCCAGAAGCUGGGACUCUUCCACCACCACUGCUUCAUGGACACACCAUGGCAUGAGGACAGCAAGCAGGAGCCAAAUCCUUUCCUGAACUCCACUUUGGAGGUGGAUGCACUGAUCCGGAGCUCCAGCCCCCCACCUAGCAAGGAACAAGGCCGGCUGAGCAGCUCUGCCCGAAGCCUACCGUCUCUGCAUUUCCAUCCUGAUGUGGUGCCCUUUGACGAAGCUCUGCGGGAUGUUACCACCAUCAAGCGCAUACCCCAUGGGCCUGAGUUGGGACCUUUUGACCCCGUGUCUCGGCAUGGGGCCCAGUUCCUGGAAAUCAAGAGCAUGGAGAGGAAAGAACUGGAGAAGCAGAUGAAGAUUGAGAAUCUCUUUGUUACCUGGCAGCAGAGAUCAGCGCAGUCCAACAUGCCUAUCAGUCUGGCAGACCUGGAGACCCUGAAGCAGUCGUCACGCCUGGUUCACUACUGUGCUACCCCCUUGCUCUUUGACCCAGCCUUCCGGCAGCAGAUCCAGACUGACCAGCAGGGCAAGGUAGAGGGGAAGAAGCGCCACCGCUCAAAUGACUCUACAGCUUCAGGGAGGGACCGCAGCCACAGCUGUGACUCGGCAGAAGCGCUGCCCUGCAAGGUGAAGGAGGAGCCCUGGCUGCAGGAGAUGUGCAAUGCCUUCUUGCAGCAAUACAUCCAGUACCUGCAGAGCAUGGGCUUCAUUCUGGUCCAGGUGCGGCCACCCUCACCCACCACUCGCAGUAGCACAAGCCGGAUCCGAGCUCUGGCAGCAAUGGGCGUGGAGGGGAGAGGGUCCUUCUCCUACACGAAGCCAAAAGCAGAGGGGAGUCCAAAGAGCACAAGCCCUGCUGUUGCCACCUAUCAUCUACAGAGAGCUCUUCCAGGUGGGAUUGUGCUGAUGGAGUUGGCCUUCCAGGGCUAGUACUUCUGUGUGAAGCAGUACGCGCUGGAGUGCUCACGGAUCCCCAUGGGCCAGUCUGUGAACUCCCAGCUCUCUAUGCUCUUCACGGAGGAGUGUGACAAGGUGCGGGACCUCAUGCACGUGCAUUCAUUCAGCUAUGACUUCCACUUGCGUAUAGUCCACCAGUAUCUGCUGGGUUCCCACAUGACCCUCCGCCAGGGCUACCAUCUCACCAGCUUCCUGGAGGAUUUCAUUGCGCACCACCCUGACAUCCCCAAAUUUGGCCGCAACCACGUUUUCCAAGGCAUGCUGGCCCUGCCCACCAACAUGAUCACUGCACACCAGCUGUACAACUACAUCGCUGACCAUGCCAACACCUACCACAUGAAACCCCUACGCAUGGCCCGGCCAGCCACAGGCAGUGACAACAAGAAGGGGACACCAGGCACAGAGCAGAACGAAUAUGCACUGGUCUCUAUUUGGAACAGCUCGGGCUCCUACAAGGACUCUGAAGGUCUGCGUCAUCACGAUGACUUCGAUGUGUCCCUCCUGGUGUGUCACAGUGCAGCACCGUUUGAGGAGCAGAGUGAGGCGGAGAGACGCAUGCUCCGCUUGCGUUUCUACGUCAUCAUGACUAGCCAGCGUGAGCUCUUUCCCCGGCUCACAGCCGAUAUGCGACGCUUCAAGAAGCUGCCGCGCUUGCAGCGGGAAGUGCUGGAGCCUGUGGUGGGCCGGGCAGCAUGGGAGGCAGCAGAGCCGGAGCCNUCGCCGCUCUGCCCCUUGCUGGCCUCCGAGGUGGCCUCAGCUCAGAAGCAGCUCAGCAGCAUGGUGCAGCUGGCCAAAUGCCACUGCCGCAGGGACAACCUCUGGAAGCGCCUCUUCCUCCUGGAGCCUCUGGCUUCUGACAAGCUGAAGCUGGGCAAGCUCUCACUGGUGGAGCUGGAGGAGCUGCUCGACGCCGUGCAUGGGAAAUCCAUUGCUGAUGUCGACCCCCAGCUGGGAUGCUUCCUCACCAUGACAGUCUCCUGGUACCAGAGCCUCAUCAAAGUGCUAUUGAGCCGCUUUCCCCAGAGCUGUCGGCAUUUCCACAAUGCUGAAACCGGCACCCAGUAUCUGGUUGUGCUCAACCAGAAGUUCACGGAUUGCUUCGUUCUUGUGUUUCUUGAUUCCCAUUCAGGAAAGACGAGCCUCACCGUGGUUUUCCGGGAGCCGUUCCCAGUGCAGCCCCAGAACAGCGAGAGCCCUCUGCCACAGCUUGUGUCCACAUACCACCACCUGGAGUCUGUUAUCAACACUGCCUGCUUCAACCUCUGGACAGGCCUGCUCUAGCACUGGCACCCACAUCCUGGAGCGAUACACGUACCAGACCUCUUGGCGCGGCUGUGCCGUGGGUGAUGAUGGGGAAGAACAGGCCUCCGGGAGGGACCUGUGCUCCGGCACUGCAGGCAGCGCUGCUAGCGGCACGCAUGGCUACUGAACUGAGGAGCCUGGGGAUGUGGGAGGGCAGCCUGCCUCCUGCUCUUGGGCUUCAGCCCCAGCUGUGCCUCCAUCAUUCGCUGGCUGGCUGGUGUGGCCCUCAGUGCGCUGUUUUCGGUGGGUUUGAUACUGAAUUACCUUGAACCGAACCGCAAGGGCAGGAGGUUGGCUGCUGUGGCUUGUCUGGAGCAGAGUGGCUCUCAGGGACAUGGCUUUGGCAUCUGCAGGUGAGUUCUGCCUGCCGGGAAGGCACGGAGGAGCACACACAGCAUGUCUUCUGCACAGGGCAGCACUGCACAGUGCUCUGGCUUUAGGUGGAAAGAAGACUGGACUUCAGGGCUCUGGGCAGUGAGGCGGCCUACUUCUGGCCCUUUGCUUUCAUGAGGAGAGCACCAAAUGGGACAGGAAGGGUGAACUGGACCGGGGGAAGGUUUUAUGGAGAUGUACAUUAAAGCCAUUGAUAUAUC